AUGGCGCCCCUUACACAGGCAGAGAUCAAAACGAAACUCCUUAAAUCUACUGCCACAAGUGCAAGACAAUAUGAAUACACAAACCUUCUUGGGUUUCGUAAACGAUCAAAAAGGAAUUCACGGCGCGGUGUACAAGGUUUUACAGGUAUACCAGGGAACUUCUACAACGAGUCCAAAGAUGUGGCAGAUGUGAUAUCAGGACGAUACCGAUCAUUAACCGACCUCCACGAGAAGAUCAAAACCCAGGAUGACUUUAAGGAACAAGAAGUCGAAGACCUCAUCGACAAGUACGGUCCAGUCAUCUGGAAUGACGGGGCAUCAGGCUUUGUGACCGAAACAGACGAUCAAGGCGAAAAGUAUCAAAGCUACCCACGUUACCUCAUCUAUGCCGACGAGAGCGAUCGUAUAAAGAUACGGACUUACACCUACUGCCUGGUGCUGCAAUGCACGUUUUCCAAGAUGAGAGGCCGUCCUGCCCAUAAUAUCGCUGUGCCGGCGGGGUUGCCACACGCAUCUUCUCACAGCCCUGAAAUCGGGCAGUCAAACGCAACGUCACCAGGCCUAGAUACCACGUCGGUCACAUCGUUCAGAUCCGCAGCUAUCAACACCAUGUCUUCAGUUUCGAGCGGCGGCAAACGUCCACGGGACGCCAAUUAUUACCAUGCAGCUGUAGCUCAGAUGGUUCCCAACACAUAUACAGGGGGAGCAUCUUCGUCUUCUGUCAUGCCACAGUCUACAGCCGCCGAGAGCGCUUUCACGAUGAGGAAUAGUGUCACAGAUGCAGAUGAGGACGGUCGGUCGGGAGAAACAGCAUGUUCAGACGAUCCGCGCAUACCGACACCGCCUUUGGAACAAGUCCCAAGUCCAAACUCUGAUCAAGAGGAAGAAAUAGGCGGACGCACUAUCCACAACAAACGCCCAAGAUAUGAGCCAGGGGGAAUAGCUCUUACAAACUUUCGAUUAGGGCAGUUGCAUGGAUCUGCAAGAAGAACCACUAGGUUGAUGAGAAGAGACUAUUCAUCUCCCUGGGUGGGGUCGGAUAGACCUCCAGUAACCACCAUCGACGCUGGAGAGCCGGGGCACACUGAGCCAGCUCCUGACAGUGCUACAAAUGAUAACUCGAGUGGAAUGGCAAGUGUAUACACGUCUCAUGACAGCAUAGACACAGCUCAGGAGUGUGACAAUGACGUUAUUGUGGUAACAAGCGUCCAAGAAGAACAAAAUCGCCUCACACCCUCAACCACACCAGCUCCAGAGACCAGAAACGAGGAAGAAAGCUCAGUGCAGAACUCGCCUAGGCCAUCACCGGCGGCUGAAGACCGAGACUCUGCAGAGCCGACCUCCCUGAUUGUCACGCUACCCUUAAAGGACCAAACUCAAGUCAAGCUGCGCGACCGCUACCGUGCGUGCCUCGCACUCGCACUCCUUUGCGCCCUCGACCUGCAAACUCAACAUACCCAGAUCCUCGAAGACACAAUCACCCUCAUCACCGAAAUCAGAUCCCCCGACACAACCUACAACCUCCUCCUCGACCAGUGGCUCAGCCUCGUAGCCAUAUACCUCAGCUUCCGCCGCGCCACAGACUUCCACGACACCCAAGCAGCAUGGAACGCGCAUCUCUUUUCGCUAUCCGCAGUCGAGCGUUUAGCAAGAGACGAGCCCCACCGCCGCGCCAGCGUGUCAUUCCAAGAAUGGCGCCUCAAAAAUCCCUCCUUGACCGUCCCAGUCUGGUCCCGAGAUAUUACAUGCGCGCUGCUCGAAAUGGUGCAGUGGCCGCGCCCAUUGUGGGCGGACGAUGUCCAGGAGAUCAACAGGCGGGUGUUGGAAUUCAACUUUGGGCUGAUGGCGUGGUUGGGCGGAUCCUCUUUCUCCUAA